GUGUCUCUGCCACAUAGAAAACACCAUGAAUUUUGCAGCAUCAUUUUGCAGAAGAUUGAAUGUCAAGGAACUUGUGACAAAUGUUCCUGUGUAUAGAAGCACCAGUGAUGUGUCUGGAGAAGGUUUGAGUAUGGUGUUCAGGCGUUGGGCUUCCAAAAAGACUGCUGGUUCUACAAAGAAUGGACGGGAUUCAAAACCCAAGAACCUUGGAGUGAAGAAAUUUGGUGGGGAGAGGGUGAUACCUGGAAAUAUCAUUGUUCGACAACGUGGUACUCGUUUUCAUCCAGGAAACUAUGUGGGACUUGGGAAAGAUCAUACUCUGUUUGCAUUGAAAGAGGGAUUGGUGAAGUUUGAACGGAACAAGCUGACUGGUCGCAAAUGGGUGCAUGUUGAGCCUAAAGAAGGCCAUGUUCUCCACCCUUUGUAUGCAAAUGCAUCUGUUUCAAAAGUAAAGGUUGCUGUGUAA